AAUCGGGGAGAGGGGGAGGCAAACUCCUGGGAGCGAGUUAGCAAACAUGCAGGAGCAGGGCGAUCCGAUGUCUGUUAACCAGCUGAUCGUCCACCCAGACGGAGAGGAGAGGAGAGGGGAGGGGAGGGGAAGGGAGGGGAGCAGAGAGAGAGGAGCAGAGAGAGAGAGGAGUGACUACUGAUGCUCCAGUAAUCUGCACUGUGUGAGUCAGGGCUGUGGAGAGCAAAGCAGCAACAGAGACAGCAGCAGCGUGAGACACGUUUCCCCCUCACGAGCGUCAACAACGCAGAAGAGCAGGAUGAGAAAGCUGAGCGACUAAGCAAGAGGAGGAAGUGAGCAAGCCAUAGCAAGAAGGGCAGAAGCUGACGUUAGGAGGGAGAGACGGCAAGAAGACAGGAAGACAGCUUCUUUUUGAGUCUCCUUUUUGAAGUAGAAAGGACUGUGGAAGAUCACUGAACCUGACUGACAGCAGUGCCAAUCUAAACGAAUCCAGAGGAAGAGGAAGUUUAUUAUUAAAUCUCUGAGGUGGCAGCAGGUUUAAGACUCGACGUGGUGCAGGGAUGUCCUGGUUGUCUCCGGUCCAGUGGGCCAAAUGGACAUGGUCAGCAGUGACUGGGGGUGCGGAGGACGAGGGGCAGCCUAGAUCCAAGGAUGGCGGAGAGGACAUUUCAGACUCGGAGGGGACCUUUGGGACUCCAGAGGCAGAGUCUCCAGGUGUUGUGAAACUACUGAGCCAACUGGACAACUCCAACCACACAGUUCAUCCUGAUGUUACAAACCACUUUCUGGACAACUACUCCAACCAGGAUGUUGGCCCAGUUUCAUCCCAAGAGGUUGAUUCCCUGAACAACCUCACCAGCUCCUCACCUAACGACCGCAGCUUUGGUUUGGACCAGAACCUCAACCUGACUCUCAGCAACAAACCCAGUCCCGGGGAGGGCCUUUCUCCAUCCUGCUUUCUGCCCCAGCCUCCAGCUCUCCGGCCCCCAUCGCUGUCCGUCCUCUCCCCGCUAAACAAACCAGAUCCUUCGGAGGUGGACGACCAGGCUCCGGUGACGUCUGACUCCAGCCCGGAUUCAGACUCGAUCUCCAGUCAUGACAUUUGUGUGGAAUCUGACUUGCUUAAUGGCAACAUGUGCUCCAACGCACAAAACACAAAACUGACCUGUGAGACCAACGGCACAAUUAUCACGAACUCCUGUAAAGUAAAGCAGAACCAGCCGAUGCAAAAAGACUUCAGCGGACAGGAUGACCAUCACGGAGGCCACGCCACAGACGAGGAGAAGUUGGCGAGCAGCGCCGGUGUCAAACCAGACAAAGACCAAAGCAGUCAAGACUGCCAUGUGACAUCAAAACCUGAGGACUCAGACUGCUGCUCAGUGUUCGAGGACCCAUGUAAGCUGAAGAACAAGUCGGAGGGAAGUGAAAUGCAGAAAACAGGAAGUCAGGUCCUGGAUUCCAUCUGCAUCAGUGAGGCAGAAAAACAGGCCGUUCUCACCCUCAUUAGAGAGGAGAUCAUCACUAAAGAGACCGUAGCCAACGACUGGAUGAAAAAAUUCGAGGACAGCAGACAAGAAGUCAGUGAGAUGAGGAAGAUUGUUGCAGAAUAUGAGAAGACAAUUGCUCAGAUGAUCGAGGACGAGCAGCGCAACAACCAGAGUUCCCACAAGGCUUUGCAAACAGUGACGACAGAGAAGGAAUCCGCCCUGUCAGACCUGAACUCCGUGGAGCGCUCUCUCUCUGAUGUGUUUCGGCGUUAUGAAAAUAUGAAGGGCACCGUGGAAGGUUUCAAGAAAAAUGAGGAGGUGCUGAAGAAGUGUGCUCAGGAGUAUCUGGCCAGAGUCAAGCAGGAGGAGCAGAGAUACCAGACACUUAAACUCCAUGCUGAGGAGAAACUAGACAAGGCCAAUGAGGAGAUUGCUCAGGUGCGUGCCAAGGCGAGCUCAGAGAACAUGGCGAUGACCGCCGGUUUGAGGAAAGAGCAGAUGAAGAACGAGUCUCUAGAACAAGCUCUGCAGCAGAAGAAUCAAGAGAUAGAAGAACUCACCAAGAUCUGUGAUGAGCUGAUCGCCAAAAUGGGAAAAAUCGACUGAGAGCCACUCCCUGUGAAUCAGCCACCACCGUCCCUCCGGUCCUGCUAACAGCGACGCCCUGUGCAUGCCCCCAGCCAAGAAGCAGCUCUCAUACUCCUCUGCCAGCCCUACAUCAGCAUGUACAGAUGUCAAUAGUACCUUCCUGUAUACUAUAUUUGCACUACUUGUGACCUGAAUCAAGAAGGUUCUGUACAUGCUAAUAAUUGUUCUAGCUGGGACUCUGUUAUGUGUAUGUGGUCACGUUGUUUUGUUUGCGUUUUUGCCCAUUACGAGGCCAUCUGGACCUCUAGUGCUUUCGCCCAUCAUGCCAGCGAGGAACAACCAGCUUGUGACUCAACUUAAAUUCCCAGCAGCUUAACUGCUAAAUUCCCAGCAACUCCUGGGAUGACAUCAUGCAGGCGGGCGGGGUUGUUUUAGAGUUACAUUUAGGCAUACAGUAUAUUUCGAUGGGCUUUGACGAGGAUUGUUAUAUACUAAAGCAACAAUCCAUGAAAUGUAUUUUUUUUCUACAAAGUAAACAAGGAUUUUACUCUGAAAGAGAAAAGCUCAGGGGUGUUGUGUUGGGCAGAAUGAGGUCAGGGUCAAAGUCAAGCUGCACAAGAACUUGAGGAAAGGAUUUUAGGAUUAUUUGAGGAAAUACAGUCGUCCUCGGAGGCCUUGGUUUGUUCAGGAGAGACACUGAAACCAGAACGAGUCUGGACCACAUGUCAGCGAAACUAAAGCUGCAAAUAAUUCACAGAAUUUGCUUUACAGAGUCAGUCACAGACAAGUAGAAUAACCUGACAAUCAUAGACUUUCCUGUGGUUAUAUAAACUUUGUGACAAUGUCUUGUCCGAUCCACAAAGUCAGUAUAAAGAAAACUUUAUCCUGAAGUGUAAAGAGUGAAAAGCUAAAUCAACUAUACUGUGUUAAGAAUCCUGAACUGGAAAACAUUAAAACAUAGUGAUUCUAUAUUUUGAUUGAAGAUAUUUAAAACUAUUACAAGAUAAGCAAGUGCUGCAAUAUGUCAACAGUUUUUUUUUCUUUUUUUAACAUCACUGUGUCACAGAUUGAGUGUCCACUAAUCACAUGUACCUCCUACCACGAAGGAAACUAAGUGUUUGACAGCUUUGUGAGAGGUUUUGUCUGUUGCUUAUGUGUGAUGAAGAUGUGAGCCUGUAUUUACAGCAGUGCACCAGUUAUUCAGCAGAUAAAUAUGUUUCUUUGCAUGUUUAUUUUUGUAGCUUUGUGUUUCUCAGAAUGCAGAUUGUUUUCUUAACACAUCAGUAAAACUAGUUGUGUAGUAAUGACUUAGUAACUGAGUGUCAGUGAAAAUACUUCAGAACUGGUGCCAAUAUGAUACCUGAAUAUUGGUACUGAUGACAAAAACAAAAUUUCAAUACUUGACUUUUUCUGCAGAAGAAAUGUUCUUUCCAUUUAACAAAAUAAGCAUCUCCCCAACAUCGAUGUUUAUUGAAGGCUUAACACAAACUACUAUUUGCCUCAAUACAGUGUAAAUUAUGCAAAUCUAUGAUUUAAAUCAGGCAAUAUUUGGACAAAGAAAAAUUUGACUAUUUAGUUCAAAAGUUUCGGUACUUUGCAGUUUUCACCACACAGUUCUAUGGAGUCAGUCACUAUUAAAGAAGUUUUAAUGUCUGAUACCCAGACUCUUUACCACCAUGUAAAUCCAUUUAUGACACAAAGCCACUUAUGUGCCACAGUUUAUAUUUGUGCCAUUCUAAUGUCACGUUACGUUUGUCUUUGCUUUGCAAAAUAUGGUUUCGUCACUUUAGCUCCUUUUCUUUAAAUAUUGUUUGUAUUUGUAAAUUAGAAAUGAGGAUCUCACACUUGAGGACUAACGGCGUGAGUGUGUGUACAUUUGCCUGAAUAAAUAUAAAUAUAAUUUGUUCUACUACAA